AGAAGAGCUCCUGGUCCAAUCAGAGCCCGAAUUUGAAUUCACCCGGAAAUGACCCGCGUACAUUUCAAAUCAACACGAACAAGGAUGUCCUGUUACACGAGUGUGACCCAUGUUGAUGCAUCAUCUGCGGACCAGGCACCUCGAGAACAGCUCCACCUGAUCCCCUGUGAGAUUGAACACAAUGGACCUGCACAGAUUUCACAGUACUUCAAUGCUGCCAUAAAGAACAAUCAAGAGAAGACCGUUUCAUUCCGAGGUCGAGGUCUCAAGGGGCAGGAGCUCACCUGCCCAGAAGGCUACACUGGCCUGGUGCUGAAGGAGAUCAACAUGCCUGACACGGAUCAGGAGGACCGGACCCUGAAGGUGUCUUGUAUGUUUGACAAGCUGACCUACUGGAAUCUCGAGAACCCUCCUAACUCAGAUGACGCAGUGGUGAUGGCGAUGGACUGGCCUGAGCUUGCUCAAGCGAUUCAUGGAGCAGUGGAAGACUAAAAAAAAUCCUGCAAUCAGGAGGUUUAGCAAUAGGUUUGCUGGUUACUGGCCAUAGUCCACAAAACUGAGGUAAUGCUUGUUACAGAGCAAAAAGUAAAUGUAUAGUUUGUGUUUUAUGAAUUUUGUAUUGGAAUAAUAAAUAACAAAUCACUUCACUGAAA